AUGCCUUUCUCAAGCAUCACGUCCAUGUUAUGGGACUUGGUGGAUGAAUACCCCCAGUCCAGUUCAAGCCCAAGGCAUACACCACAUCGACAUCAUGUCGAUACAGAAGCAAAUAGCCAAAGGCAAACCCUCAGAAGAACAGCUCAGGAGACCAAGGACGUUCUCCCAGUUCUCUUGAACCGCCUCAACACCACUAAUGAGGCCCACGAAUCCCAUAAAAUAUCGUCGAAUUCUCUCAAUGGCUUACACCCCGACAACUGCCCCCGCUUCCCAUCGCCCGCAACAAUCAAAGUCAUCAACGACGAUACCCUCAAUGUUGCCGUCAGACUGUUUCAGUCUACGCGCACACACCAUGUCGAUGCAAGUUUUCCGAGCCCCCGCCCAAUAAUCAUCAACUUCGCCAGCCACCGAAAACCAGGCGGGGGUUGGCUGAACGGCGCCAUGGCACAGGAGGAAUCAAUUUGCUAUCGCAGCUCUUUAGCGCUAAGCCUCCACACCAGAGAUUAUCCGCUGGCUCUCAGCGAGUCGAUCUACAGCCCCUACGUCCUGGUCAUGCGGAGUGACCUGGACUCCGGGCACACUCUCAUGGCGCCCUCUGCCCCGCUAGAGGAUCUUCCCGUUGUCAGCGCGAUCACCAUCGCCGCUCUCUAUCGACCUGUCCUUCGGACGCUAGUGCUGAGAGAUCCCCAGAAGCAGCGCCGUGGCCAGGGUUCACGUUCACAUCACAGCUCAUCUUCUCACCACGGCUUACCUUCCCCUUCCUCUUCCCGUCGUCAUACCCAGCAGGUGUUUGCACGCGACAAGGAUCGCAACCUUACCAAAGCCAAAAUGAGGCUGGCGCUUCGUAUUGCGGCGACCUAUGAGCAUGGACUGUUGGUUCUCGGGGCCUUGGGUUGUGGGGUUUUUGCGAAUCCCCCUGGUGAGGUUGCGCACUGCUGGCUCGAGGUCUUGAAAGAGGCUGAGUUUUCCGGUAACUGGUGGCGUGAGGUGUGCUUUGCUGUCUAUGACCCGAAUAAUGAAGGUAAUUUCGCGAUCUUCGAGCAGGUGUUGGCUGGGAAGAAGGUUUAG